GAUACGAACUCAGCCAUGACAUCACGGCGCAAUACACGAUCGAUGACGUCACUUCAUCGAAACUCAUUGCCGGUACCUGACGACUUGGCUAUGGAGAUAUUCACGAGGCUGCCGUCGAAGGCGAUAGCGAGAUGUCGUUGCACAUGCAAGCUCUGGUUCUCCAUGCUUCGCCGUCAAGAUUUCACAGAGCUGUUCUUGACCAAAUCUUGCGCUCGCCCCCAGCUCCUUUUCGUCAGGGAAGAUUACAGCGUCAGAGAGUUUGUCUUCAUCACGUCGCCUCAGCCUGAAAAUCCCGAAGAGAACUCGUACGUUGUAGCCGCCAAUCAUCUUGCGCGUUUCCCACGUUCCAAUGGAUUCUACGGCUGUACCAACGGCUUCUUCUGUUAUGGAGCUGACCGGUUCUUUAAGGGGCUGAAAAAGCCAGUGCGUGUUCCGGUGAUAUGUAACCCUAGCACGGGACAGUCCUUGACCAUGCCUAGGUUGAAUUCGAAAAAGAAGUAUGGAGUGGAAAGCUAUCUUGGAUAUGAUCCCAUUGCGAAAGAGUUCAAGGUGUUGUCGAUGAAUAAGUCGCGUGUUAGUGAAGGUUGGAUCUCAGUGGAGCCCCAAGUUCUGACAUUAGGAACCAAGAAACUGUCAUGGAGGUUGGUCGAGUGUUGCAUCCCACAUUUGCCUUCUUGUAAGUGGAUAUGUUUCAGCGGUGUUCUCUACUACGCAGCUAGAGCAGUCGGAUCUUUAGUGGAAUCUAUGGUCGUUUGUUUUGAUUUGAGGUCUGAGAAGUUCAGCUCUGUCAAGUUCGGUAAAGCAAUGCCUGGUUCAACAACUCUGGUAAACUACAACGGCAAGUUAGGUUUGCUUAUGUCUGGAGAUUCUUAUGCUGUUACUCGAUCAAGUACAAGUUUUGAGCUGUGGGUUCUGCUUGACGCUGCACAACACGAGUGGUCCAAUCAUGUCUACGUAUUACCACCUUCGUGGGAGGAUGUGGUUUCAGAGACCAUGUACAUUGCUGGAAUGGUUGGUACAAAUGAAAUCGUCUUCUCCCCGAGCUACCAAAGAGUGCCUUACUAUGUCAUCUACUUCAACGUGGAGAGAAAGACGAUCACCAAAGUUGGAAUCCAAGGACUGGAAGCGUUUCAGGGUACGAGUUUCAAAACCUAUCUUAACUAUAUUGAGAAUGUGAAGCUUCUUUAAG